CGGGCACGGAGUGGGCGUGCCCUGGAUCCACAUCUUCUAGGUGCCGCCCUGCGGCCCGGAGAUUUACUGGAGCGAUUUCGCGGGUUCCGGAACGUCGUUCGGCCUGCCGCACAGAUGGAGGGAGCAGUGGUUCGGCUGCUGCGCGGCAGCGCGCUGCUAAGAAGAAACUUCCCAACUUGCCUGUGCUCUUGGAAGACUCCCCCACGGGCCCUAAAGUCUUCCCAGCCAGAAGCUCUGCCCAGUAUAACCAGUGGGGGGCUCCCCUGCACCCCCCUGCAAACGUUCACCGACGAGGAGAUGAUGAUCAAGAAUGCAGUGAAAAAAUUUGCCCGGGAACAGAUUGCUCCUUUGGUUUCAACCAUGGACGAAAAUUCAAAAAUGGAGAAAUCAGUAAUACAAGGAUUGUUCCAACAAGGGCUCAUGGCCAUCACCGUGGACACCAAGUACGGGGGCACGGGAGCUUCGUUCUCCUCCUUCGUCCUGGCGGUGGAGGAACUAGCCAAAGUCGACGCCGCGGUGGCCGUGCUGUGCGACGUCCAGAACACCGUCGUCAACAAGCUGAUCGAAAACCACGGGACGGAAGAACAGAAGGCCACCUACUUGACCAUGCUCGCCACAGACAAAGUGGGGAGUUUCUGCCUCUCAGAGGCUGGCGCGGGCAGCGACUCGUUUGCCCUGAAGACCAGGGCCGACAAGAAGGGGGAUUAUUACGUCAUCAACGGCUCCAAGAUGUGGAUCACCAACGCAGAGUACGCGCACCUGUUCCUGGUGAUGGCGAACGCAGACCUUUCCCAGGGAUAUAAAGGCAUCACCUGCUUCAUAGUCGACCGGGAUACUGAAGGCUUUCACGUAGGGAGAGCAGAAAACAAGCUGGGAAUCAGAGCUUCUUCCACCUGCCCGCUCACGCUUGAAAACGUCAAGGUUCCAGAAGCCAACAUCCUGGGCCAAGUCGGGCAUGGCUAUAAGUACGCCAUCGGGAGCCUUAACGAGGGCAGGAUAGGAAUCGCCGCUCAGAUGCUGGGAUUGGCUCAAGGAUGUUUUGACUACACCGUUCCAUACACUAAAGAGAGGAUACAGUUUGGCAAAAGAUUAUUUGACUUUCAGGGGCUCCAGCACCAAGUGGCCCACGCGGCCACCCAGCUGGAGGCCGCCAGGCUGCUGACCUAUAACGCCGCUCGCCUCGUCGAAGCCGGAAAGCCCUUCAUCAAGGAGGCAGCUAUGGCCAAGUACUACGCGUCAGAGGUUGCGGGACUGAUCACGAGUAAAUGUGUCGAGUGGAUGGGCGGCGUAGGCUACACCAAAGAUUACCCAGUGGAAAAAUACUUCCGAGACGCGAAGAUCGGUACAAUAUACGAAGGAGCUUCAAACAUCCAGCUGAACACCAUCGCGAAGCUCAUCGAUGCGCAGUACUGACCGCCCGGGGGGCGGGCCCUCCCUGGGGCCGCCGGUGGACAGGUUCAAACUCUCGUGCCUUUUGGGGGAGUCGACCACCAGAGCGCUGGAGCAAUUUGCUUAAGCCCUUAGUCAUGGGCCGUCGGGGAGACCUUUUCCAUGUUCUCUCUCGGGUCUGCUUAACCUUGGCGCAGGAAAGCAUUGUUAAAAUGUGGGAAGAAGUGCAUCCGUAUCGUCUGCAGAGCGCCUUUUGAAAGUUAGGUGUUUUUCCAGCUCCGGGGAACACGCAAGUCUCACUCCGUCAGCAUUUGGAGACCUGGCUGCCUAUUUUAUAGUCCUAUUAAAACUUUAUUUUGUGGCAUUAGUCAGAAAUAUUUGUUACGCUUGGCAAUUCUACAGGACAGAUAGAUUCAAUUCCAAGCCGCUGUACGAGGUAGAAACCGAUAAAAAUUUUAUUUAGAAAAGCCUAAAAAUUCUAGUCCUAAAUGCCUGAGAAUGGAUGAAAAAAAAUAAGGGUAUAACUCUGUCAGUCCAAUAAGUGAAGAAAACGUUUACAAAAUAAGGCAACGUCAUGUGUGACGGUGGUGAGGGACCUGUGUAAAAGAGGCGUUUUACACGUGACGGUCUCCGCAGAGCAUUUUAAAAACAAGGCUCCGCAUUAGCUUUCAAGUGUAAAGCUUAAAUAAUUUGGUUUGUAAUCAGAAUGUGUUUAAUAUUGUAAUGUUCAUCCUCACGCGCCGUUUUUCGGCAGCGCGGUUUCUCCAUGUAUUAAAUUCAACGCCAUCAGCUCAAGCGCAGCUCCUGGGCUCUCUCUGCCGGGACCCGUGCUGCAGGAGCUGUGUUUGGUUCGGCUCAGGGAGUCUCCGGGGGGAGACGUCGUGUCCCCACGAAGAACUGUAUCAGCACUUCGUGAGGAAUGAGGAGCAGCACGGGUGGGGCUGCAGAGUUUGGAAAGCAUAUUCAGUAAUAUGAAAACACACAUACAAAUAAUUUUAUACCUUGAGAAACCAACAUCAAUGGAUUGCUCUAUAGUGCAAAUUAUAGGAAAGCCAAGGUCAGCAAAAUAUAUCGCGGGUGCCGUUUCUUCAAACUGGGGACCCCCAGUCAAGAGAGACCCCUGCAGGGCGCGUGUCCUGGGACCCUCUCAGAAGGGAGGCGGGAGUUUUAUACUUUCUCAAAGCAGACCCGGGUAGGAGAUGCUGGAAAUGUUUCAAGGCUCAUAACCACUGCUGCUGAACGGGAAGCAUUUUCGCGCUUAAAUGAAAGGGUAGCAUGUAUUAGGAAAACGAGAUUUCCAGAGUAAUUUUGCUUUGCACAUUCAUGUUUAUUGAAUCGGAUUAAUUUCUGUAAUGCAAAUCAUCGUUAAAUGUUCAGAAUUGUGUAAAUACAGUUGAGAGAGGAAUCACAUUAAAAUAUUAGGAACAAUCAAGGGCAGGUUUAGACUUCGGAUCAAAAGAGAGAACGUCCACUCAGCUUCAAACAGGAACACAAUAGAGACCCACCCGUUCGGUCUGUCUCCGAACGAAGGGCAGAGGGGCCCCACGAGGACAGUAGGGGGCGGAUGACAUGUUCCGGAGCAGGGGCACCUGGGACGACGGGAAAGGUGGACCUGACAGGCAAUGGCGUAGCGGCCAGCAUCGGUGAAAACAAAUCCCACCUGGCUCCCGUGGGGCCGUAAACACAGGGGCAAACGUGGGAAGCCACAGUCGGCCCCGUGAAUGCUCGGUGAGCAGCGCCAGGGGGCCUCCGUGGCCAGGGCUGUCCCGCCUUUCUGAGUCUGGGCCACACGUUACAUACACAGACACUAACGCACACUGAUGAGCAAAAAGCCAAAAAUUUUGAGUAAAUUCACGGUUUUGUGUAGGACCGAGUUCAUAGCCACCCUGGGCCGCGUGCGGUGCAGGCUGGACCCCCCUGAUGGACCUUGACUUUGCAUUCAGUGCUGAUAGAGUUCUGGCUGUGUGUGUAUUUCUUGUGCAUGUUCGCAAAGAACGGUUGAAAAGUGUGUAUUCUGGCCAAUCUGUGUACCUAGCUUCCUCUGUUAGUGAAGCACUGUGUUCAUUUACCGUUUCCCAAAGAUGUUACGGAUUUUCCCUGUAGAACUUGCAUUAUGGCUUUGCUUCAUAGCCAUGAUUUUGGUGUUUUUAAACCCGCCCGUCCUGACCUUGUGUCCGGCGGCAGACAAGUUCGUUCCCCGCCCGAAGCCCGUCAGCAUCGCCGGCCAACCCGGGGCGCGGGCGGCCGUGGACAGAAGCCCCUCAGUGCCUCCUGCCCGCACGUGACGGCACUGGACGCAGCCCAGCUGCCCAGUGGGGUCCGUCGGAGAUCUCACUGUACAACCGGAGCACGAACCCGUGUCAGAGAAAGUCAUACCCAGAGAGACUUGCGGGAACCGUCCAGCCCGCUCCCCCACUUUAAAAUGAAGGGCCCCCGGCCCAGGGCCCUUGCCCGGGGUCAUCCGUCGGGGGACAAGGACAAGACGACAAUCCAGAGGCACCGGCCCCCGGUUCAGUGUUCUUCCCACCCUUCAACAUCCUCUCUGCCCAGCAGGUCCAGGGUCUCAGCCUUGUGGAUCUCAGUCCUCUUCCUGAUUUAUUUUAGGCUUAGCUGAUAAAGAAUGAGCGUUUCAGAAGUGUUACAUUCAUCAGUGUUAUGGCUUACCUGUAUGGAUCACCUGGCAGAGACCGCAGCUCUCCUCGGGUGUCGCUGGUGUGUUGAACGCAAAGGCUACUGUGUGAGAUCCGUUGGCUUUAGGAUUAUGAUGUAUUUCCUAAAUGCACUACUUAUAUCCUUGCUGAUGUAUCUUUGCCGCUCCUUCGUAAAGUGAAAGGUUUGUUUCGACGCCAUAUGUCAGACUGGAUCCGUUAUUACAAAAUCAGAAUUCUGUGGCGAAUGGAAAAUAAAGUGCCGAGUUCACUGGAGACUUGCUACUCUGUUAAGCAGAAUUGUUUGUUAUGCAUACAGAUGAGGUAAGAAAAUAAUCUUCCUGCAAGACGGAUAGAACACCUUCGUAUACAGUGCUGAUAGUUUCUCUCGUGGUGGAAGCCGAUCUUGUUUGUUUUCAGAGCGGAGGUUUUAUAGUGAAGAUCAAGUCUAAAUUGUUGGUGCUACAGAAAAUUUUAUCAGAGGAUCCUUUUUAUUUUGCCCUAAGGCAAAAUAAGCAGCUCUUUAGCGGAGAGGUCACCUUUUCUGAGCACGUCUUCACGGCACAGAUUGUGUCCGGCUGGUAACCAUGCUGGUGCUUUAUACCGGGGGCCCCCAACCUCCAGGCUGCAGACCAGGACCAGCCCGGGCCCGUCAGGAACCGGGCCGCACGGCAGGAGGUGAGCUUGAAUGCAAUGCACUCGAAUCAUCCCGAAACUGCCCCCUCCCCUCCAUCCCCGUCUGUGGAAAAAUGGUCCCCGAUGAAAGCGGUCCCGGUGCCGAAAAGGCUGGGGACCGCUGCGUCAUAGUAUUGCUUUGGGAAAUCCCUGUUCUUGCGCUGUCUACUCGGCGAUGCGCUGCAGUCCAGCGCCACAGGAGACUCCAGCCUACCUGUUCCCCAUUGUUUCCUACAUUAUUUUAGAGAUCUAGAUAUCAGUCCCUUUUUCCUUUUGUCGUUCAGUGACAUGUGACAGCAGGUCGCUGUGGCCAAGGGUCCGAGGUGCUGCAGGCACCAGGCUGCCGUGCAGAGAUGAGUAAGGCCAGAUCCUUAGGGAAAUGUGUGUUCACCUCAGGGGUCCCUUUUCUGGCGCUAGUGCCUCCUGACACAGAGAUUGAGUGGGAAACGACCGAGGCCAGCCCUGGUGAAAGUGUUUCUUUGGAGCCAUUAGACCGAUGCCAGUAAGUGCUGACAUCUCUCGAACUCUCAUGUGCCAGCCAUCGUUCCGUAUUCCGGACACGCGUUAACGCUCAGCACCCCUGUGCGGUAGGUGCUCUUACUAGCCUGUUUUACAGGCAGGAAGACUGAGGCAGGAGGUGUUAAACAAGAUACAGAAAUGGGAUUCAAACUCGGGCAGCCUGGCCGAUGGGCCUUUGAGGUCUGGUAAUCUUCGGGCGCCUUUCGGUGAAAUGCUGCUGCCAACGAGCCCUUGAUUGGUGAAGGAUUCUUCAGGGCGGAGUCUCAGAUCUUUCUGAGCAGAGAAGCCAGCUGAGAACAGGGCCUGCGGGACAAACAGGUGCGGGAGUGCGUGUGUUUUGGGAGAAAGGUCGGGGGCGGAGGUGCAUGGGGGGCAAUGGGAGGAUGAGAAAAGCGCUACUGAAGGAGGAACUAGGGAAAUACAAAACGAAAAUCCAUUUCCUUGGAGUUUCCCAGAAGCUACGCUGAGGGGGGAAGAAUGACAAAGCGUGAUCAAUCUGUGUGGGUGGCUGCAGGGUGCCUGAUUUGCAAUUAUUUGUAUGGAUAGCUACAGUAAUAAAGGAAAAAAACUAACCUUA